CCGGUCAUCUUUUCCUUUUCAUGUUAAGUUUUCCUUUUGAACUCCAUUCAUUUUUUUUCUCAUAUACAAUACCUACCUACUACAACAUGGCGGCAGGAAGGUGUAAAGACGGCGGGGAUAGGAACUGGGAAUAUUUCAACGAUGUGAUGGACGAGUCAGAACCGAUUAACAUGAUGAUGGGAGGAAGGACGAGGAGGAAGCUUAUUGAAACUGGGAGGGCUGGGUAUGGUGGGACGAGGAAGGGAGAGCGGUAUGCAGUCGUGGAAGGGGAGGAGGAAGAGAGCGAUAGUGACUGAAAAGAAAGUGUUUAAAGUU